AAUGAAAACAAACAAUAAUACUAGCGAAUUAUUUGCACUUUUCGCCCCUACAGAAGACAAUUUUGUUAUUACAUGAUCUUACAUUUCUCUCUAGGCUCAUUCUCAUUCUUACACUUUAGCUUUGACAUGCUCACUAUUUUUACCUUACUUUUUAGUGUCCCCCAUUUUUAUUCUUUCAUCCCCUAACAAUUUAUUUACCUCUGUAAUAUAUAAAUUAUAUUUCCCACAUCCUCAUUUUUUAUCAUACAAUUUUUAAAAACUUUCUUUUCUAAUUCAAUAGUAUCUAUUACUAACAAUUAAUAAAUACAUAUAAUCAAUCAAUAAUGUCUGGUAGAGGAAAAGGAGGAAAAGGUUUAGGAAAAGGUGGUGCUAAGAGACACAGAAAGAUCUUGAGAGAUAACAUUCAAGGUAUUACUAAACCAGCUAUUAGAAGAUUAGCAAGAAGAGGUGGUGUUAAACGUAUUUCUGCUUUAAUUUAUGAAGAAGUUAGAGUUGUCUUAAAAUCUUUCUUAGAAAAUGUUAUCAGAGAUGCUGUUACUUAUACUGAACAUGCUAAGAGAAAGACUGUCACUUCUUUAGAUGUUGUCUAUGCCUUAAAGAGACAAGGUAGAACCUUGUAUGGUUUUGGUGGUUAAUUUCUUUGAGAUUAAAUUAACAUUAAUUUCAAUUUCAAUUAAAUUUUCAGGUUUGUUAUGUCGUUCGUCGUUUUUAAUUCUUUAUAACUAUAUGUAUAUUAGUACCUAUUCUUUAUAAUAUAAAUUAUUAUUCCAUUAGU